AUGGGUAAUGUCCUCUCGUCUUCGAUACCCUCUCAGAUUUUACCGGUUGAGGCAUACGUUAGUGAUAUCUCAGAAAUGGAAUUUGUUCAAAGUAUGGGCAGUACACGUUUUAUGAAGGUGGCACGCGUUGAGCACGUUGAAGGUGCUGCACUAGUGAAGGUGUUUUUACUGCAUGAUCAAUCGUUUUCGAUAGAGCCAUAUAGAGAUCAGUUAACACCACGCUGCGCUGUUCUAUCAAGACCAUUUCAACGGCAGACUUUGUACGAUCGUUUAAGUACUCGACCGUUCCUAAUUGAUAUCGAAAAACGUUGGAUUGCUUUUCAGUUAUUCAAGGCGUUAGCACAAUGCGAAGCAGUUGAGGUUUGUCAUGGUGAUCUGAAGACGCAGAAUGUGCUUGUUUCCAGUUCAAACUGGGUACAAAUCACCGAUUUUGCCUCAUUUAAACCUGCCACAAUACCGUCGGAUGAUCCAUCGUAUUUUACAUUUUUCUUCGAUACAAGCCGUCGUAUGAGUUGCUAUUUGGCACCGGAGCGUCUACAGCCAAGUCAAGAGCUGAACUUGUAUUCGAAAUUACCCGGUGAAUUUUUGGACGUUUCAAAAGAUUUAACGCAUGCGAUGGAUAUUUUCUCAAUGGGAUGCGUUCUAGUCGAGUUAUUCACGGAUGGUCAGUGUGCAUUCACACACGAGCAACUCAUCAAAUUCAAACACGCAACCGAUACAGAGGCACAGCAGAUCGUUCAACAAAUCCAACAGCAGCUACCGAAGGAGAUGCGUCGCAUGAUAGCAUUGAUGUUGAGUCGAAAUCCAGCACGAAGACCGAAAGCCUCGCAGUUGUUGCAAAAAUACGCACCAUUGUUGUUCCCGUCAAUCUUCGACAAUUUUUUGUACAAUUAUAUGUAUGCAUUUCGACCAAAAUAUCUAUCAGCAUGCGCUAUCUCUUCAUCGAUGGAGGAACCAUCCUCACAAACGAUCCUCUUUAUGGAUUCUGAUGAUGUAGUGGCUAAAUUAGCAAGUGAUUUGGAUAUGAUAAUGACAAAAUUAAACGAUCCAUCGAAGCAGUUGAACGAAUCACGUAAAGAGCAGAAUGAAGAAACAUUACAAUCGGUUGUUUUAGUAAUCUCAUUGCUUACUUCGAAUAUUCGAGCUCUGAAAUCUUUAAGUGCAAAAUUGGAAGCUAUAAAAAUCUUACUCCGCCUAGCAACUGUAGCCGAUGCGUCAAUUUGUGCUGAUCGAAUCCUUCCAUAUAUGAUGCACAUGCUAUCCGAUGGUCGUGUGCAAGUACGUAGUGAAGCAGUUCAUUCCAUUACGCAUAUGUUAGCCACAUUGAAUAAUAUACCAACUAAUGAAACCAGGCUCUUCAUCGACUACUUAUUCCCUCGUUUGAAAAUUGUUUCGUUGGAUCAAUCCGUACUCGUUCGUAUGUCAUUAGCCGUCAAUUUGGGUCUUCUCGCUGAAACAUCUGUGAGAUUUCUACGAGAGAGUGAACGAAAUUUGACAGAGAAUCUGUUGGGCGGGUCGGUGAUAUGUGAGGGUGAAGAUGUCAGAGAACGCGAGGCACGAUUAGCCAAACAAGAGUUGCGGGCGUUGCACGAAGCCGUCAACGAGAUCUUUGUGAAUCUGUGUGGUUCGGAUAAUAAUGUUAAGCAUAGUUUAAUGUCACGUGAAACGCUUGGCAAAUUAUGUCAAUUCUUCAAUCGACAAGAAUCGAGCGACGUGUUGUUGUCGCAUAUGAUAACGUUCCUGAAUGAUAAAGUUGAUUGGCGAUUGAGAUGUACAUUCUAUGAGUAUUGCUCGUUGACCGCAUCGGUGAUUGGACGACAGAUCACGUUCAUUCUCAAGUCAUUGUUGCAACAGGGUAUUCAUGAUUAUGAAGAGUUCGUUCAAUUACGCGCAUUAUGGUGUAUUUAUUGUUUAUGCAAGCAACAGUUGCUCGACAAGUCGGCGAUCUAUGAGUUGUUGCCAGAUAUUGUUCCGUUCUUGGUUCAUCCAAAUGAGUGGCUGCGUAUGGCUGCCGUGAAUCUUUUAAGUGUUCUUGACGAGACGUUGAGUGUUGCUGAUAUACACUGUAAAUUGAUGCCAUUGGUUGUACCUUUUUUGAGUGAACAACUUAUCAAGUUGAAUAAUACGUCCGUUGUGAGCUUAUGUUUAAAAGUACCAAUACCACGUCCUAUCUGGACAUAUAUUGUAAAUGAUUGUCCUUUGGUGGCACUGCUGGAAUAUUUGAAUGAUAAACGUAUAUUGAUCGCUCUUGAUGGUGGACCGAAUUCUAUCUAUGCGGCUAAUAGAAAGCAACAAGCGAGACCAACGCAAUUGGAAGCUCACCUGAAGAAGUUAGAAAAUCUUGGUUUGAAUGAUGCUGUUGAAGAGAAAAUUAUCCAUUUUCAAAAUAUUCUCACAAAAAUGGAUAGCUUCAAAAAAUGUAUGAGUGCAAGACGACAAGAUGAGAAUAAUGGAAUGGUGGGUGUGUUGGAACUGUCGAAUGUUGCAAAUGUACGACUGCAUAAAUUUGAUUUGUUGACACGUGAAUAUCAAUGUGCUGAUUUGAAGAAAUCUUCAAGCGAUAUUGAGCAUCAAAUGAAUAAAACAACGAGUAUGACAAUGAAUAUGAUGAAUCCAGAAUGGCAUGCAAUGUUCGGCACAGGACCUGGCGGUGCGGGUGGUGAUGAAGGUUCUAAUGGUAUGACAGCAGCAGUAUCAGCUGCUGCAGGACUGGGGGUAAGCGUGGUGACUGAAGGUGAUGCCAGUGAUUUAUUGCUAUUGAGAAGCAAUGCUGCUGCAGACGUGACACGAGUUAAAACAAGAUGUGGUCAUGAUGAGAGUUCGGUUGCUGUUAAGAGUAGUAGAAGGAGUGCAUCAACUACAUCAGCAGAUGAAGUGUUCAGUGGAAAAGGAGAAGAGGAGCGUUCGGAUGAUGAUGAGGACGGAGACAGUGACGAACGAUGUUAUAAUAUGGUGACAGCGUUAGAUUCUGAAUGUUCAACUGCUGCUCGAUUCCGUUCACAUUCGAACGCAGUGAAUAAGACGGCCAAGAAUCGGAAUAAACAAAAAUCUGUCAGCACUUCAUCAUCGUUUGAUGGCGUAAAUGAAAUGACAGCUGUAAGUGGAGUAGAGAAUGUGAAUGAAAAUGCUGCUCAUCUAUCAUCCAAUCAACAACUGUUGACUAGGAACAGCAAUAGUAAUAAUGAUACAAAAUCGUUCAAUCCGACAACCGGUAUUCUUGGUGGUAAUGUGAUCGUUGACGAUUUACCGAUGACGACCACUGAAAAUUCGAAUCCUACAAAUAUGCUUCGUUCGGAAUCCGAAUGUGAUACUCAGUUGAUGAGAUUAUUAGCGCAUAAACGUGAGCGCUAUUUACGUCAUCAGUAUUUCGCGCGAACUGCCCUAGGUGCUGCUGCUGCAGCAGCAACACGAAUGAAUCAAGGUCAAGCGAAUAGCACAUCGAAAUUCACUUUAACUUCGUCCGAUUAUUUGAAUUUUAAUUUCUCCCCUCAACCUCCAAUAAUGGCACCUAGCUAUAUGAAGAAUCAAUAUUAUUAUUAUGUUGGUGGUGGAGAUGGAGCCAGGGCUGUAGGUGCAGCUGCGACUGUAUUACCAUCAGUAUCAUCGGCCAGGGUUGGCACCAAACUGGUAGCACAAUUUCACGAACACAGCGAUGCAGUGAACAGGUUGUGUUUGAGUCCAGAUGGAAAGCAUUUCGCAAGCGCUGGAAAUGAUGGUGCGUUGAAAAUCUGGUCAUUGAGUCGCCUGUACAACGAUAAAGCGACCCCAACUUGUGCAGAAGCGACAUUUACUUACAAGCGUAAAAUCAAUUCAAUCAGUUACAUGGGCGAUUGGUGUACGGGUGAGCGUUUAGCUUUGGGAAGUGACGAUAGUCGUAUAACGAUGAUUGAUACGGCAAGAAUGAGCUUAAUCACGACGUUUGGCUUUCAUAAAGAUGAAGAUGGUGCACCAGUGGAGUUGUUGAGCACUUGGAAUAGUAAUAUUCUGUAUGUGCUCACACAUCAUAGCAGUAUUUUUUGCUUAGAUACAAGAUUGCCAAAUCGAAACGAUGGUUUCGGCCGAAAGCCACCGGUCGUUUGGAAACGUCGCAUCAAUAAUGCGUAUGGUCUCAUUACGUCGUUCUGUUUGGAUCCAGUGCGCCAAAAUUGGAUGUGCUUAACGUCAACGAAUUGUAAUGUUAUCCUAUGGGAUUUAAGAUUUGGUAUUGAAGUAAGUAAUUGGCCGCAUCCGGAUAAGCACUGUCGUUUGCUACGUUGUUGGCCAGCAUAUCCUCGCCCUAGCAACUGGGCAACUACUGCUUCUAAUGGCAGCAAUAACAGCACUGGUUUGUGUUCGGAAGUGUGGACAUCGUCGUCGUGUUGUGGUGAGUUGAGUUGUUGGAACCUUGAGACAGCGCAACGCUCACACGUUCUGUGGCCGUCGCUGGAUCGAAAACCGCUUAGUUAUACAAAAGAUAAAUAUGUAACAACAGCAUUGACGACCUGCCCUCAAACAGGUCGUAUUUAUACGGGUGAUAGUUAUGGUGCGCUCAGGUCGUGGACUUUAUCCGGUAGGCGGGAAGAGUGUUUCUAUUUAUCGGGUCCACAAAAACGAACUCCUGAUGCGAUCGCGAGCGGUGCAACUGCUUUGCGAGGCUGCUCAUUUAAACGAUCGGUUGUUAAUGGCGUUGAAGUGACCUACGAAGAAUGCUCGGAUAAGAAACAGCUGUGGUCACCCGAACUUGCAAACAGUCCUUUGGACACGCAGGUGAACAUAUACCAUCAUAGCUCCAUAUCGGAUUUGUUGUGCUCUGGUGAGUUAUUGAUUUCAUCUUCUCGUGAUGGAAUAAUCAAAGUCUGGAAAUGA